AUGGCUAUGACUCCCAAUUCUGCAUCGUCUAGCGCCGCCGCUUCCGGAUCGGCAGAUUCUUCCGCCUCCCGGAGAAACUCCAAGCGACCCAAGUAUUCAAAAUUUACACAGCAGGAGCUUCCAGCUUGCAAGCCAAUUCUUACGCCUGGUUGGGUGAUUUUGACAUUUUUGGUCAUUAGCGUUAUCUUCAUUCCCCUCGGAGUUGUUUCUCUUUUCGCUUCCCAGGAUGUUGUUGAGAUCGUUGAUCGGUAUGAUAACGAUUGCAUACCGGCGCCUGCUAGGGCUAACAAGGUUGCAUACAUUCAAGGAGAUGGAGAUAAAUCUUGUAUCCGGAACUUAACUGUUCCUAAGCUUAUGAAGCAUCCUAUUUACGUUUAUUACCAGCUUGAGAACUUCUACCAGAAUCAUCGCAGGUAUGUGAAAAGCAGAAGUGAUGCGCAACUGAGAAGUGUGAGAGAUGAGAAUCAAAUAAGUGCAUGCAAGCCUGAGGAUGAUGCUAAUGGGCAGCCGAUCGUGCCAUGUGGUCUAAUUGCUUGGAGUCUCUUCAAUGACACAUACACUUUAACAAAAGACAGCCAGAAUUUAACUGGCCAGAAUCUAACUGUAAACAAGAAUGGAAUUGCUUGGGAAAGUGACAGGGAACACAAGUUUGGGAAAAAUGUGUUUCCCAAGAACUUUCAGAAGGGCAAUCUAACCGGUGGUGGUAAUCUAGAUGUAAACAAACCGCUGAGUGAGCAAGAGGAUCUGAUUGUGUGGAUGAGGACUGCAGCUUUACCCACAUUUAGAAAACUAUACGGGAAGAUAGAGAGUGACCUGCAGAAGGGUGAUGUCAUACACGUGAAUCUGAAGAACAACUACAACACAUACAGUUUCGAUGGGAAGAAGAAGCUUGUUUUGUCAACAACUAGUUGGCUCGGUGGAAAGAACGACUUCCUUGGCAUUGCUUACCUCACAGUUGGAGGAAUCUGUUUCUUCUUGGCACUUGCAUUUACUAUCAUGUAUCUUGUAAAACCCAGGCGACUUGGAGAUCCUACUUACUUGUCGUGGAACAGAAUUCCCGGAGGUCGGUAA